AAUUUAAAUGAUUGGCACACAUCACGUCAUCGGCGUCUGGGCUGCUCAGCCUUUCCGGACUACAUUGCUCUCGAGGGCGCUGCCUCCUUGACAGUUCGCUCAGCACAGCCCCUUAUUCCUCUUCUUGACACGGCUAAUCCAGCUAUUCAACCACCAAAAUCUCAUCCAUUCGUUGAACCUGUCAACGCUGAGGAAAACCUCCCCGAUGCUUGUUUUACGUGGACACAGUCGCUUCCGUCAAUGCCAGAGGGUGACAGUACUCUCCUGAAUGUUCUCAUUAAGCUUAACGAUAAGUAUCACAUUUCUGACCCAAAAACUGCCGUUAAUGUUGCCUGUAAAUCUUGUGGUCUUGAUGAUCGUGCCGAGAAUCUGAUUUUUUACCGCCUGAAAGUCUGGAUUCAUACGGAGGAAGGUGAUUUAGUACUGUGCAACGCUCGUCUUUUUGCUCCUGUACGAGAUAGUGAUACUAUGUGGACCUAUGACCGUGAGACGAAUAGUAUUGAUCUCACAAUCGUGAAGGAGGAGGCGGGCACUUGGCCGCGUCUCUUUGCCGAUCUUGACGAGGAGAGACGUUUAGGUGUUCGGUAUGAUGAGGGAUCAUUGCCCACAGCAAACGCCGACACUUCUGGUGAAAUGAUACAGAGCUGCUUCAACGUGGAGCAACUUGAGGACGUAGAUAUGAUUAAUGACGAGGAUGAGGAUGAUGGUGUUAUGCAGCGAGUCGAUGGAGAAACGCUAGAAGUUGUUCUAAGAGGUGAGAUGGUGGGUCAUCAGAUGCUCUACGUAGCCCCGACAUGUGUUGGUGGCAAUGGCCUUAAUUCACCCUCACAUCUCCUCUGCACACGCUACGAUGUGGACGGUCUUUUAUGGGCACCACAGGCACAUGACGCGAAGCAUCCCUGGGUACAUGUUGCCACUCUUCAGGCCUUUGGCUACGUCCUCGCCAGCAAGCAGAACCGCCGUUUCAUCGCCUCACCUCCUCUCAACCUUGCCGAUGCUCCCAUAACUGUCCCUUUCGUUGCUGUAGCUGACAUCACCCGUCAUGUCUAUGUCUACUGGCAACCAACAAAUAACUCUCUCACUGAAUUGCGCCAUCGAAGGCCUGAGUGUGACUCGAGGCAGGACUCCGGCGUUGUCCAUGUGGCCUGGCAACAGGUCAUUGCACUGCCUGACACCGAGACGAUUAUCGGCUUCUCGGCUGUGGCAGGUAAACCCUAUGCUGCGUGCGUGGUUGCCACUUCGGGAGCCCUUUACUUGGUUUGCCUGGACGAGAUGGAAAAAUAA